AUGCAUCUACUUCUUGUUUUACUCGGUAUCUGGUGCUCACAUGCGUCCGCGCAGUACGAGACACUGACCCUCGACAUUGUCAAUUCUCAAAUCGAGUCCUACCUUCAAUUGAUACAGAAUGCUUCUUUAGACACCAGGUCAUUACCAUCAGGAUGCGCUCUAGCUUGCUCUUUCAUGAACUUUGCUCUUCCUGGGCAAGUCUCAUACGAAAACAGCACCAUCUAUCAGUACGAGGAGUCUAGAUACUGGUCAGUCCAGCAAGAAUCAGACAUUCCAACUUGUCGUUUCUCACCGGAAGACGCCCUCGGGGUUUCACUAGCCGUCUUGACUGUUCAGGUCACCCAAUGUCAAUUUGCUGUUAAGAGCGGAGGUCACGCGGCCUUCUCAGGAGCUUCCAAUAUUGAUGGAGGUUUGACUAUUGACCUGAUCAAUCUGAAUCAAAUCACAGUAUCAGAAGAUCAGACUCAGACUUCAGUAGGGCCUGGAAACAGAUGGUUUGAUGUUUAUAGUGCCUUGGAGCCAAAGGGGCUUACUGUGAUUGGGGGUAGAGUAGCGGAUAUUGGCGUGGGAGGAUUAACAUUGGGUGGAGGAAUGUCGUUCUUCUCAGCAAGAUACGGCUGGGCAUGUGACAAUGUGAAUGCAUAUGAGGUGGUCUUCGCUGAUGGUUCCAUUCGCGAGGUGACAUUUGCAACGUAUCCAGACUUGUACUUCGCUUUACGCGGAGGAGGAAACAACUUUGGAAUCGUCACAUCCUUCGACAUGGCAACUUAUCCCCAAGGCGAUCUCUGGGCAGGUUCAGAAGUAUACAUCUACAACAAUGAAACUGCAGCGUCAUUGAACAAUGCUCUUUAUUGGCUAAACAUCAAUGGCCCAACUGACGACUAUGCACAAGUCAUUCUGGCAUACGCAUAUUCUCAAGCUGAAGAUAUCUACGCUAUUGCUUCUGAUCUUCAGUACGGGAAACCAAUUGCGUACCCUCCCAUUCUGCAAAACUUCACCAACACACCAGGUGCUAUUGCGAACUCCCUUGCGGUCACGAACUUGACGGCAUUGACUGUUGUGUUCAACAACUCUAACCCCGGUGGAUUUCGGCAAACAUACUGGGCAUUGAUGACGAAGAAUAGUCCUACCCUCAUGUCAGACAUCAUCUCGAUAUUCAUGGAAGAAACAGAUACGAUUAAGACUUUGCCUGGACUUCUUCCUGCCCUGGUCUUCCAACCGAUCAAUACGGAUAUGAUCUCUCAUUUUAGUAAGAACGGUGGAAAUGCCCUUGGAAUAACUACUCUUGAUGGGCCCCUUGUUCUGAUCAAUCUCGCAUUUUCGUGGUCCUCAGCUAGCAAUGAUACAGCAGUCAUGCAAGCCGUACGUAACAUUGUCAAUCGCUCAAACGCAACCGCAUAUGAGCAAGACUUGGGACAUCCAUUUGUUUACCAAAACUAUGCUGCUCUUGAACAACCUGUUUUUGCAAGUUAUGGUCAAGAAAAUUUGGAAAAGCUACGAGCAGCGAGCAAGAAGUACGAUCCUAAUGGGGUCUGGCAGAAGUUACAGCCUGGUUACUUCAAGUUGUUUUGA